UUUGUCCUGCGCUGUAUGUGGACUUAUGGCUCCUGACGAGAAAAGCAAUGGACUGGACAACUUUGCCUUUGCAGUGGACGGAGCAGAACAUUUCUGCGAAAUCCCAGAAGGCAAAGCUCUGUCUGGGGAGAACGACAGGGACAAGCUCGCCUACUGUGUGACAGAUGUCCCUCCGUGGUACCUCUGCAUAAUCCUGGGAAUUCAGCAUUAUCUGACUGCGUUUGGAGGGAUCUUAUCCAUUCCACUGAUCCUGUCACAGUCCCUGUGUCUUCAACAUGAUGCUGUGACCCAGAGCCACCUCAUCAGCACCAUCUUCUUUGUCUCAGGGCUCUGUACACUGCUCCAAGUCAUCUUUGGAAUCAGGUUGCCCAUUCUACAGGGAGGGACGUUCACUCUCCUGGCGCCAUGCCUGGCGCUGCUGUCCAUGCCAGAGUGGGAGUGCCCGGCCUGGACCCAGAAUGCCACGCUGGUCAACACCUCGUCUCCCGUCUACAUCCAAGUCUGGCAGAGCCGCAUACAAGUUCUGCAGGGUUCCAUCAUGGUGGGCUCCCUGUUCCAGAUCGUGGUGGGCUUCUCGGGCCUCAUUGGCCUCUUCAUGCGCUUCAUCGGACCCCUCACCAUUGCUCCCACCAUCUCCCUCAUCGGCCUCUCACUCUACGACUCGGCUGGCAUGAACGCAGGCAACCACUGGGGCAUCGCCGCCAUGACUACCUGCAUGAUCGUCCUGUUCUCUCAGUACCUCCGACACAUCCCAGUACCGUUUCCCACCUACAGCAAGACCAAGAAGUUUCACACAUCCAAGAUAUACAUAUUCCAGAUUCUUCCUGUGCUCCUUGGGAUCACACUCUCCUGGCUGAUCUGCUACAUUCUCACCAUCACCAACGCCCUGCCCUCUGACCCCUCCCAGUACGGCUACCUGGCACGCACCGACAUCAAAGGAGACGUCAUAGGCCGGGCACCUUGGUUCACCUUUCCAUACCCAGGGCAAUGGGGGCUGCCAACUGUGAGCUUGGCUGGUGUGUUUGGGAUCCUGGCAGGGGUGAUUUCCUCCAUGAUUGAAUCUGUGGGCGACUACCAUACGUGUGCCCGCCUCUCUGGUGCCCCUCCUCCGCCUAAACAUGCCAUCAACCGGGGCAUUGGCAUGGAGGGCCUUGGGUGCCUGCUGGCUGGGGCCUGGGGAACGGGCAACGGAACUACGUCCUUCAGCGAGAAUGUGGGGGUCCUCGGCAUCACCAAGGUGGGCAGUAGGAGUGUGAUCGUUGCCAGUGGUUUCCUCAUGGUCCUCAUGGGCCUCUUUGGCAAAAUUGCAGCCAUAUUCACCACCAUUCCCACGCCUAUCAUCGGAGGCAUGUUCCUGGUGAUGUUCGGAGUCAUAGCCGCUGCGGGAGUGUCCAACCUCCAGUACGCCGACAUGAACUCCUCCCGCAACAUUUUCAUCUUUGGCUUCUCCAUGUUCUCUGGACUGGUCAUUCCCAACUGGGUACUCAAGAACCCCACUAUCAUCAACACAGGAGUAAAUGAGAUUGACCAGGUGCUGCAGGUGCUGUUGACCACGAGCAUGUUCGUUGGGGGCUUCUUUGGAUUUUUCCUUGACAACACCAUCCCUGGUACCAAACGUGAGCGGGGCAUCAUCGCAUGGAACAAAGCUCAUGAGGACGACUCGGACGUCACCGUCGAGAGCGACGAAGUGUACGGCCUGCCCUUUAACCUCAGCGCCCGCCUGUUCUCCGCUCCGUGGGUACGUUACAUUCCUUUCUGCCCAUACCAACCAGACCACAGCCCGUCUGACGGCACCCCCGAGAGUUCGGACAGCCUGGAUGACCCGAAGGAAGCUGCCAAGAACUCCACAGAUAUCACUGCUUCAGUGCGCCUAUAAUGACUAUGGCGCCACCCUGUGGUGUGGGCGGCUAUGGCAGCUGACUGGGAAAUUCAAGUCUACUUCAAAGGAUCCCUGGUCCAGUGUGUUCAGUGUGUUUAGCUUAGUAUCAACAACAUAUUUUGUAUAUUUUUGCUUUAAGAGAUUUUUUUAAUGGACAGUUGCCAGUUCGGACAGUUUAUGUCCUGACAUUAUAGAAUGUUUUAUACUGUAUAAAUUGUUACUGCUACACAGUAAAAAUCAUUUAGUUUCGGUGCUUUAAAGUAGUGUUUUAACAUAACACCUCGGCACCUUGAAAAUACAGUAUAUUUUUGAAGCAAGAUUCAGGAUAUGUCACCAAUGCAAUAAAGUGUAAAGGAUUUUGGGUAGCACUUGAAGGUAUCUACAUAAGAAUGACACGACAAUCACAAAUGCAUGACACUUGUCAAGACACAUGAACCCUAACUCUAAUCAUAACCUAACCCUAACUUAUCAUGACAAAAACUGAAUGACACUUAAUGACAGUAAUGUUAUGUCAUAAACAUGUAGGACUUGUUUGUAAUGUUU